AGUUGGAGGCAGGCGCUCGCUGAGGCAAGGAGGAGGGCUCUGGGCCCGCGGCCUGACAGGGACUUAGCCCGCACAGAUCGGCCCCGCGCGCGCGCGCGUGACCCCACACCCACCCACUCAUCCACCUACCCACUCCCUGCGCCGCCUCCUCCCACCCUGAGCAGAGCCGCCGAGGAUGAUAAACACCCAGGACAGUAGUAUCUUGCCUUUGAGUAACUGUCCCCAGCUCCAGUGCUGCAGGCACAUUGUUCCGGGGCCUCUGUGGUGCUCCUGAUGCCCCUCACCCACUGUCGAAGAUCCCCGGUGGGCGAGGGGGCGGCAGGGAUCCUUCUGUCUCAGCUCUAAUAUAUAAGGACGAGAAGCUCACUGUGACCCAGGACCUCCCUGUGAACGAUGGAAAACCUCACAUCGUCCACUUCCAGUAUGAGGUCACCGAGGUGAAGGUCUCUUCCUGGGAUGCAGUCCUGUCCAGCCAGAGCCUGUUUGUAGAAAUCCCAGAUGGAUUAUUAGCUGAUGGGAGCAAAGAAGGAUUGUUAGCACUGCUAGAGUUUGCUGAAGAGAAGAUGAAAGUGAACUAUGUCUUCAUCUGCUUCAGGAAGGGCCGGGAAGACAGAGCUCCACUCCUGAAGACCUUCAGCUUCUUGGGCUUUGAGAUUGUGCGUCCAGGUCAUCCCUGUGUUCCCUCUCGGCCAGAUGUGAUGUUCAUGGUUUACCCCCUGGACCAGAACUUGUCUGAUGAGGACUAAUGGUCAUAGAGGAUGCUUUGCCCAAGAGCCGCAGUGGGGGAAGAGGGGAAGUUAGGCAGCCCUGGGACAGAGGAGGGGGCUCCUUGCUGUCUAGGGAAGGACGCUGAGGGGCUCAGGGUGAGGGUUGCCUAUUGUGUUCUCAGAGUUGACUCGUUGAAAUUGUUUUCCAUAAAGAACAGUAUAAACAUAUUAUUCACAUGUAAUCACCAAUAGUAAAUGAAGAUGUUUAUGAACUGGCAUUAGAAGCUUUUUAAACUGC